AAUCACUAGGUGACGUCUUCGGUUUUCGGUGGUGUCGGUGUAAUGUCUGCGGUGUUGGUUUUAGUUUUUUAAUUAAUUUUGCAGUAAAUAUCGUUUUAAAAUGGGUUUAUUAAUUAUGAAAUUAAAUAGCAUCAUGCUAUUCUUAGUAUUAAUCGUUAAAUUUGUGCCAUUAAUUAAUUGUUCAAAAAAUAGUGAUAAUGUACUAGUCUUUACGGUGGCAACGUCUGAAACUGAUGGUUUAAACAGAUAUUUGCAAUCAGCUCACGAAUACAACAUAAAACCGAUCCUUUUGGGUUACGGUAAAGAAUGGCAAGGAGGAGAUGUAAAACGAAAACCUGGCGGUGGUUGGAAAGUAAAUUUAUUAAAAGAAGCCUUAAAAGACCUAAAUAAAGAUGAGAAUAAAGAGAGGAUCGUUAUAUUUACGGACGCUUACGACGUGAUGUUUUUGUCAGGUUUAAAAACGAUUGUUGAGGCGUUCAAAAAGACCGAAGCAAAGGUGUUGUUUAGCGCUGAAAGUUUUUGUUGGCCUGAUAAAUCAUUAGCUGAGAAAUAUCCCACAGUAACGAAAGGAAAACCGUAUUUAAAUUCAGGAAUGUAUAUGGGUUACAUAAAAGAAAUUAUGAUGUUGUUAGAAAGAAAAGAUAUUGAAAAUAUGGAUGAUGAUCAAUUAUUUUUCACUGAAGCUUAUUUAGAUGAUGAAUUAAGGGAGAAAUUAUCAAUGAAAUUGGAUCAUGAAAGUGAAAUGUUCCAAAAUUUAAAUGGAGCAAUGAGUGAAGUUGAAAUAAGAAAUGAUAAAGAAAACAAGAUGACUUUACGUAACGUUGUUUCUCAUACAAAUCCAUUAAUUGUCCACGGAAAUGGAUAUUCAAAAAUAAAAUUAAACCAAUUAGGAAAUUAUUUAUCAAACAGUUGGGAUGCUGAAGAAGGUUGUCAAUACUGCAAAAGUGGACAGAUUGAUUUAGAUCUAAAUAAAAUUGAAGAACUUCCCAUUGUUUUACUAUCGGUUUUUAUUGAAUUUCCAACACCAUUUUUGGAGGAACAAUUAGCAAAAAUCGCUCGGAUAGAAUAUCCUAAAUCAAAAAUACACUUAUUUAUCCACAACAAAGAAAAAUAUCAUAAAGACCAUGUUGAAGCAUUCCUUUCAAAACAUCUCACUGAGUAUUUAAGUGUAAAAGAAAUUAAACCUGAAGAUAGCAUUACUGAAUCAACAGCAAGAGAUAUUUCAAUGGAUCAAUGUCUUUUGAGAAACUGCGACGUUUAUUUUUCCGUCGAUUCCGUGGCUCACAUCGACAAUCCUUACACUUUAAAAUUAUUAAUUGAGCAAAACAGAACAGUUGUGGCACCUUUAUUGGUACGCCCAGGUAAAGCUUGGAGUAAUUUUUGGGGUGCUUUAACCACCGACGGUUUUUACGCAAGAUCUGAUGAUUACAUGGAUAUUGUCCACAAUAAAAAACGCGGAUUAUGGAAUGUUCCGUUUAUAAACAAUGCCUAUUUGAUUAACGCCACCUUAUUGAGAAAACACGAUCGCACAACUUUGAAUUUCGGCGGAAAAAUUGAUAAAUGGGACCCGGAUAUGGCGUUUUGUGGAAAUUUGCGAGAGCUAGACGUCUUUAUGUUUGUUUCGAAUCGAUUGGAAUUUGGUCAUUUAGUAGAUCCCGAUACCUAUAAUACUAAAGUAACCGCCCCCGACAUGUACCAAAUUUUUGAGAACCCCGCCGAUUGGGAGGCAAGAUACAUUCAUGAAAAUUACACGGAAAGUUUCGAUCCAGACAGAAAAGCAAUGCAGCCUUGCCCUGAUGUGUAUUGGUUCCCAAUUGUAUCAUUAAACUUCACUAGAGACUUAAUUAGUAUGAUGGAAAACUUCAAUCAAUGGUCUGAUGGUUCAAACAAAGAUUCUCGAUUAGAGGGCGGUUAUGAAGCGGUUCCUACUCGCGAUAUCCAUAUGAACCAGGUCGGUUGGGAACGACAUUGGCUUCACUUUUUACACCAAUAUGUGCGACCACUUCAAGAACACAUAUUCACGGGUUAUUUCCAUGAUCCUCCUCGUUCCCUUAUGAACUUCGUCGUUCGUUAUCGUCCUGAUGAACAACCUUCGUUACGCCCCCAUCACGAUAGUUCCACGUACACAAUAAAUAUUGCUUUGAACGAGCGUGGUGUGGAUUACGAAGGUGGUGGUUGUCGCUUUAUUAGAUAUAAUUGUAGUGUUGUCGAUACCAAACCAGGUUGGAUGUUGAUGCAUCCAGGACGAUUAACACAUUAUCACGAAGGGUUGUUGGUUACUAAAGGAACGCGUUAUAUUAUGAUUGCUUUCGUAGAUCCAUAAAUUUGUGUAGUUCCUAUUUUUUAUUCUGCUUUUUAUUAUUUUUUUACUUAACAUGUUGAUACUUAACUGCCAAAUUGAUAUUUUUAAUGCGUAAUGAUGUUCCAGUGGUUUUUUUAAACUUUCUAUUAAUGAAUCUCU